GCUGGGGGCGGCCCCGCGGGAGGGGUUUCCGGUGACAGCCUCGGGAGACCGCAGCGCCCGCCGAGCGCGGGAGGGGCUCGUCCUGGCUCCCCGAGGAGGAAUCCGGAACUGGAGAUUGGUCGGGAGCGCUGAAUGCUCGCCAGGAUCCGCUCUAGACAGUGGGUCGAGACGCUGAGUUAGGCGAGCAUGGCACUCUUCUCCCGGUGCCCUUGUGAUGGACGGAGGGGAGGCCCGUUUCGGGGUAACGCCUUCCAGAAGAUUAGACGGUUUGAGAUUGUAUCCACGUGCCACAGCGCUGUGGUUUUGUCCCCCAAGACAGGCGGAUAGACUUAAAGCCCAGGGUACUCUGGAGUCUGUCUUCUGCCAGAGUUCCGAGGAAGAGGGAGUAGAGAGUCAGGUACUGUCAGGUGAAAGUACCUAGGGAGCUCCUGGAAGACCUGUUCCCAGGCCCUGUGACCCUGGUGAUGGAGCGCUCGGAGGAGCUUAACAAAGACCUGAACCCCUUUACUCCUCUUGUUGGCAUCCGGAUUCCUGACCAUGCCUUCAUGCUGGACUUGGCCCAGAUGUUUGGGGGACCACUUGCACUCACUAGUGCCAACCUCAGCUCCCAGGCCAGUUCUCUGAGUGUUGAGGAGUUCCAAGACCUCUGGCCUCAUUUGUCCCUUGUCAUUGAUGGGGGGCCAAUUGGGGAUAGUCAGAGCCCUGAGUGUCGUCUCGGCUCUACUGUGGUUGACUUAUCUGUGCCUGGAAAGUUUGGCAUUAUUCGCCCAGCCAUUUCCCAGAGUUAA